CUCGCCGCUGGAGGGUGCGCACGCCCGCUGGACUGACCCGACCGACGCCGGACUGUGGCUGGUGCAGCGCAGCGCGCCGGUACCGCCAGAGGCCGCUCAGAUGCACCUGCCGCGCGCGGCCCGCCUGCUGGGCGUGCUGCUAGUGACGUCAUGUGUCCUGGCUGCGCCCACCGACGAGAACAUCGACCUGGACGAGCUGCUCAGCUCGGUCGAUUCCUCCCAUCUGCCCGUGCAGAUUCGCUCCGAGCGACAGGCGGACGCUGGAGAUCCAAAAGAUGAAGGUGACCCUAACUGCAGUUUCGGCUCGAGUGGUCGGCCAACGCUGUGCGACUACUCCAACCCCAACAUGUCAGCCCUCACGUGGAGCGAGUCGACCGGUGUUAACAGCAACUGGCUGGGCGGCCCGCGCACCGACGCCGACGAGGCUGAGGACGGCGGCUACGCGUUCUUCGAGACGUCGUCAAUGCCUACUGACCCGGACGGACCGAACACGGAGUCGGCCAUGUUGGAGAGCCCCAUGAUGGGCAGCACGGGGCCCAACGGCAAAUGCCUCAAGUUUGACCACAGCAUGAAGGGCCUGAGCGUGGACCGUCUGCGCGUGCUGCUGCACCCUGUCAGCGAGGAGGAGAAGGAUGACGGCACGACGGCUGACCACCGGGACGACAUCGUCAUCUGGUCCAGCAGCAACUCGGGCGGCGGCAGCUGGAAGGCGGCCCAGCAGCUCUACACCUACGGCAUGGACCACACCAUCGUGUUCGAGGCGAUCCCGCUGAAGGGGCAAGAGCGCGAAUACCGCGGCCACAUCGCCAUCGACUCGGUCCAGCUGGCCGAGGGCACCGAGUGCGGCGGCCACUGCAAGUUCGACGGCGAUCUCUGCGGCUGGAGCCAGGACACGGACGACGACUUCCAGUGGAGCCGCGGCCGCGGCACGACUAACCCCAAGACGGGCCCCAUGAGGGACCACGGCAGCAGCGUGAUCGGGGGCUCGGCCGGCGGCUACGUGUUCAUCGACUCGGCCUACCCGCGGGGGCCUGGCGACAGGGCCCGCCUCAUCAGUCGCCGCCUGGCCGCCACGUCCCAGACGGGCCCCAUGUGCUUCCGCUUUUGGACCCACAUGCAUGGCCCGGGCGUGGGCACGCUGCGCGUACUCAGGAUGGUCGGCAACGACGAAAAGGAGCUGUGGAAGCUGUCCGGCUCGUCGGGAAACCAGUGGUACCAGGGUCAGGUGCCCGUCACCGCCAGCGACCAGUUCUCGAUCGUGAUCGAAGCCGAGGUGGGGCUGGAGCGGCUGGGUGAUAUCGCCGUUGACGACGUCUCGCUGACGCCCGGGGUGUGCCCGUCGGCGCCGCAGGCUGCCUCGCCCGACUCCAGCGACUGCACGUUCGAGGUUGACGAGUGCGGCUGGACGAACCCGGGCCGGCGGGAGGGCGUCGACCGGAUCGACUGGCGCCGGAUCACGGGCCGUGACGCGGAGGUGCCCCGCACGGACCACACGAUGCGCUCGGAGCGCGGCUACCUGCUGCAGCUGCCCUACGCCGCCCCGCAGCGCGCCGGCGACUUCGCCUGGCUUGUCUCGCCCGCCAUGAAGGGCCGCGAAGAGGCGCGCUGUCUCACGUUCAGGUACUACAUGGACGCCACCAUCCCGAGCAGCAAGGGCCCGCAGGUGGGCUCCAUCCGCGUGCUGGUGGAGUACACCAACAGCGACGACGAGCUGAUGCGCACGCCGCUCUGGAUGGUCCGCAACGCGCAGGACGUGCUCUGGAAGUACGGCCAGACCACCGUCGAUGUGCGCGAGAAGCAUAAGAUCAUUUUCGAGGGCACCUGGGGCGGCAGCACGAAGGGAGCCAUCGCGCUGGACGACAUUACGUUCACGGAUGGCGCGUGCGCGCAAAAGCCGCCCUUCUCGACCGUGUCGGCCAGCGACUGCGACUUCACGCGGGACGCGUGCGGCUGGCGCAACACCACCACCGACCAGGACAGCACGCAACGCUGGCGUCUGGCAACCUUGGGCCGCAAGCCGAGCAACCUUGACGACCACACCCUGAACACCAUGCAGGGCUACGUCUACUUCGACGCGUUCAACAACAACAACGAGCCGCUGACGUUGCGCCUAAUAUCCCCGGCGCUGGAACCGCGCGGUGAUGAGCGCUUCCUCUGCGUCGCCUUCUGGUACGCGGCGCUCUCGCGGGCGCCGACGGCCACGCUGAACGUGGUGCGCCAGAUGGUGCCGGCCGAGGGUCAGGAACCGAGCGGCGACGACGACCGGGUAGUCUGGUCGCUGACAGCCAAACAGACGGACGAGCCGGCAGUGACCUGGCGCCACGGCGAGGUCCAGGUGGACGCUUCGGACCGCGUACGCGUCGUGUUCGAGGGCCGCGCCACCGACUUCGGCUUUGCGCUCGACGACAUCAGCCUGCGCGCCGGGUCGUGUCGCACUCGUCCUCCGGAGGCCAACCCGGCCCGCAGGGACCAAGAGAACGACACCGCGAACAAGGCCGAGGAGGUAUAGUCGCCAACUAUGCGUACCGUCGCCAUGGCAACGUUCGGUGUCCCACCUCAGCUCGUGACGUCACCAGCGCUGAAAUCCGCUCACGCCGGGCGAGCGCGCGGCUGGUGUUCUCAGGCCAGGUCCUGCUGAGGCGCCGCAGCGGGCAACGUGUGCUGCAGCUUGACCUGCGAUGGUGGUAACUGCUAGUUAGACUACAUUUCCUCACUCACCUACUUUGUCUGGAUGGUUCCCUGAUGCGUCGUGACAAUGGAUUGCGUUGUGUGGAGUGGCCGCGCCCUCGGUUUUCCGUGUUUUCGUUCAGCUGGCCUUGUCACGCCGGCUGCGCUUUGAGGCUCCUCCUCACGAUUUUAUUGAAGCGUCGAAGCCACGCACUCCCUCUAGUAAUAGUCGCAUUACGUCGCGCAUGAAUGCUCCUGCGAAUCCACCCGUUCUCUGGGCGACUGUGACGUCACUUCUCCGGGUGACCGUGACGCCAGCUCUGUGGGCGACCGUGACGUCAGUUUUCUGGGCGACUGUAACGCCGGUUCUCUGAGCCUCCUCGAGUCGGCGCGCCUCAACGCCCCGUGAGCACCCACCCGACCGCGUUCAUACGUGCCGCCUGCCGGGGCGCCGCGAAUGCCGGCUGCGGCGCCGAGGUUAUCACAACCACACAGGCAGGGUUUCAUCGGACCCCGCGCCCGGCACCGCUGGCACUCCGCGUAGGACUGUCCGAGGCUCCGUCCGUCGGUGGUGCUGCAUUCUCUGAGAACUGUUCACCGCCCAUGUUCAUACUGCGUAGUCUGUGGAGUGGUGUGGAGUCUUCAUGGCGAGCGCCCUGCGUUCUGCGGAGCUCCAUGUCGCCCUUCAGCGUGUUUCUUAAAUGCUGGGAAUGUCUUCAAAGUUUGCUUUAUUCUGAACCACGUCGCGUUGUAAAGACUUUACCAAAGAGAAUACAUAUCAGGAACAAACUUUU